AUGGUCAUUGCUAAAGCGACUGUUUGCCCCAGUUUUUCAGGAGCGAUUCCAGUUUAUGUCUUUUGUCCCAGCAAAACUAUUUAUAAUUCCCCUUUCUCUGAUAUGGGGUCCCAGUCUGAUGAUAAAUCAUACAGGCAUCUUGAAGACAAUAUGAUAGCCAAAGAAGGCAAUGAUAUUAAAGGAAUUCUCUGUGCUUUUUGCACAUCUGCUAAAAGAAAGUGGUCAGGAGCAUCAUCCUCUCAUCCACCCACAACUUCCCAAAACUCCACACACACCUUCUUUUCAGAGGGUGAGGAUGAUGAAAUAAAACUAGACGAGGAGACUUUUCAGAAAGAAUGUUUAAAAUAUCUAGAAGGAAAAGAACUGUAUCUACAGGAGGGAAAAUAUCUGGAAGGGUUAGAGUAUCUAGAUGAAGAAGAGUAGCUGGAAGAUGCUAACAGGUUAAAAAAAAAAAAAAAAGAGGUCCUGGAGUCUGUUUCUGAAACGAACUUUUUGGAAGGUUUCAUGAAUGAGCCUUGUGAAGCACUGGAAGCUGCAGACUUGGACGACGAUUUUUUGAACAACACCAACUACCAGACAGUGUUCAGGAUGAUGGUCAAAGAAAUGGCUGCUCGCAGUGAGAUGGAAGAAGAUAUUGACAUCCCCAUGACUGGGCAUCUGGAGAGUGAAACAAGAAGGAAACUGGGAAUUCUGUUGAAGAAAAAUUUUGGAAAAUACAAGGAAACAAUCCUGUGGAUUAUGAAGAAACGUGAAAAGUUGAAUACUUUGACAUUUCACUUAUUGAACCAGACAUCACCAGAAACUGAGGAGCCAGAAGAAAUCACAAAACCUCGUCAAAUUGUUCGUCGUAAGAAGAAAUUAGAACUAGAUACAGAAUGGAUGAUGAAGAAAACAAAGGUGCAUCAAGGUGAUGGAAAAGUAACUCUCUACCCCAGUAGGACUGUCUUCCAAGUUCUCUUUCCUGAUGGAACAGGCCAGAUACAUUAUCCAUCAGGAAACCUAGCUAUGCUCAUCCUCAGUAUGUAUACUAAAAACUUCACAUACAUCAUCCUGGAAGACAGUAAAGAAAUGUGGAUACGGGCCCUUAUCAACAACGCUGGCCAUGCCACCUUCUAUGAUGAAAACAGAGAUAUCUGGUUGAGCCUGAGCCGCAGUCUCGGCUACUACUUCAUGGGAGGCAGCAACCAAAAGGCCUGGAACUGGUGGAAUCUGAAUCUCCACGUCCACGCUCCCCCUGUCCAGCCCAUCUCCUUGAAAAUCAACAAGUAUAUCAAGGUACACAUAAGAAGCCAGGAUAAGAUCUUCUUCUACUUCAUCAACCAGAAGAAUCGGAUUCAUAUAAACCUGGGCACCAGGUUCAAGUUUGUAACUCCAGAGGUGCUGAAUGAAAUGAAGAAGAAAAGAAUCCAGGAAGUGGAAUUCAGUUCAACGGCUCAGAAAAUCCAGAUCCUUCUGGGAAAAAUGAGUAAGCUCCUGAAUUUGCUGACCAUCUCCGAUUUGGAAACCUUCAAGAAGAAUGCCAAGACUUUAGUGAACAUUUUUCUAAAGAACAAAUCUCAAUUCUACUAUUAA